UCCAUGCGGCGCCGCGCUCUCCAGCGGCGAAAAGGUUCGCCGGAAGCGGCCUGUCCCAUCGAUGGCGACUUGGUUUCGGAUUCCGGCCCCCUAAUGUCGGCCACUGUCGCAGGUUCAAAGAAGGAAAUUAUGGGAUGCGGCGGCGCUGCUGCAAGUCCCUGGAAAGUCCUGCCAUGCACGAAAGAGGAUAACCUAAAUGGCGUUGUAUGCGAAAGUUCGUUCGCUAUGCUCUUCCCAAAGUACCGUGAAAAAUACCUUAAAGAAAUUUGGCCUCUUGUUAAAAAGGCCCUUGGAGAACACGGCAUUGAAGCUGAAUUGGAUGUUAUCGAGGGGAGCAUGACAGUAAAGACGACAAGGCAAAUGUGGGAUCCCUACAUGAUUAUCAAGGCGCGUGACCUUAUCAAACUUAUGGCUCGCAGUGUACCAUUCGAACAGGCAGUUCGUAUCCUUGAAGAUGAUAUCGCAUGCGAUGUAAUUAAAAUUGGCGGAACGGUGCGGAGAAAAGAACGUUUCGUACGGCGUCGACAGCGUCUCGUAGGACCAAACGGUGCAACACUCAAAGCCAUUGAGAUCUUGACUGGUUGUUAUGUCCUUGUGCAGGGCAAUACUGUUUCAACGCUUGGGCCUUUUAGAGGUCUCAAACAGGUGCGCAAAAUCGUUGAAGACUGUAUGAACAACGUUCAUCCGAUAUAUCAUAUCAAGACGCUAAUGAUUAAACGCGAGUUAGCUAAAGAUCCUCAGCUGGUCAACGAAAAUUGGGACCGAUUCCUGCCAAAGCUAUCCAACAAGAAUAUCUCAAAGCGAAAGCAGCCCAAGAAAAAGCGUCUGAAGGGAGAAUAUACGCCGUUUCCGCCUGCACCGCCUCUGUCGAAGAUUGAUAAGGAGUUGGAAACUGGCGAAUACUUCUUAAAGGAUACGGAGAAAAAACGUAAAAAGAAACGUGAGCAACUUGAGCGUCAGGCCGAGAAACAGCUUGAACGAGAGAAGCAGCGUAUGAAAUCGUUUGAGCCACCUAAGGAGCCUCCCGCCGUAAAGAACUAUUAGAGUAUAUAACAUCUCUGUAUAUGGUUAUUUGAUAGAAGAUAAAUACAAUAAAUGUACCAGUACUUA